AUGGCCAGCCCACGAACCUUCAUCUUCCUCUGUGGUUUGAUGGCAGCCAACUUGGUGGGAGCCAACUUCAGCCCUCCUGCGGUUCUCAGCCUCAGCCCAGAAGUCAUCAAAGAAAAACUGGCAGAGAAACUGAAGAAUCGAGAUGCUGUCAACACUCUCCAGCAGCUGCCACUGCUCAGUACCAUACACAACGAGCCAGCCAGUGGCAUCAUCAGUAGACUAGUGAAGUCCGUCCUGAAGCAUAUCACCCAGCUGAACAUCACCUCAGCUAGCAUCCUCCAGCUGCAGGUGCAACCCGGGGCCAAAGACCAGGAGCUGAUAGUCAAGGUCCCCCUGGACUUGGUAGCUGCAUUCAACAUGCCCCUGCUUAAGUCCUUCAUGGAGAUGCACAUGCAGUUGGAGGUUGAAACCAUCAUCCAAGUGGAGACAAGCAAGGCGGGCCACAGCCAUCUGGUCCUCAGCAACUGCUCCGACAUCCGCAGAAGCCUGCACAUCAACCUGCUGAAAAAGUACUCCUUCCAGGUCAACUCCUUAGCCAACAAGUUCAUAAACCUCCUGGCACCAGCCCUGCCCAAACUGGUGAAAAGCGAGCUGUGUCCUGUGGUCAAGGCGGCCUUUGAGGACAUGCGUGUGGACUUCCUGAACCUGGUGAGGGUGUCCAUUUCUCUCAACUCUAACCACCUGGAGUUUGAUCUUCUGUCUUCUGCCAUCUUCAGUAAUGCUGUCCAUCUCAUCCUGGGGGCCAAGUUGUUGAACUCAGAAGGAAAGGUGACCAAGUGGUUCAAUGUGUCUUUGGUUUCCCUGAGGAUGCCCACCCUGUACAACGUCCCUUUCAGCCUCACCAUGAGGAAGGAUGUGGUGAAAGCUGCAGUAGCUGCCUUGCUCCCUCCAGAAGAAUUCAUGGUCCUGCUGGAGUCUGUGCUUCCAGACCUGGACCACCUGCUGAAGUCAAGUAUCAAGGUGAUCAGUGAAAAGGCUGCAGAUCAACUGGGGCCCAAACAGACUGUGAAGAUCCUGAUUCAGGGGACCCUGGAUCUCCUUCUGGACCAGAACAUUGCCAGGGUGGCCCAAGAGAUUGUGCUGCUAAUAUUCACCACCAGUGAAGCCAAACGUCCCCUCCUCACUCUGGGCAUCGAAGCCACCUCGGAAGCUCAGUUUUACAUGGAAGGUCACCGACUUAUGCUCAGCUUUAAUAAAAUCAGAUCUGAUCGGAUCCACCUGUUGAACUCGGGCAUUGGCCUGUUCAAGCCUGACAUUCUGAAGAACAUCAUCACCAAGAUCCUCAUGUCCGUCCUGCUGCCACACGAGAAUGGCAAAUUAAGAUCUGGAAUCCCAUUGUCAAUGGUGAAAGCCUUGGGAUUCAAGGAAGCUUCAUCUUCUGUGACCAAGGAUGCCCUUGUGAUCACCCCAACCUCUUAGUAGAACCCCGGACCACUCUCUUCUCUCCCAGUGAAGACUUGGAC